GCCAGCCGCCCUUCGCCACGCUCAGCGCCCGAGACAACCGCGCCUAAACCCCACCGCAGUGCAGGUGCUUUCUACCCGCCGACGUCACCCGGCUUUUCCUGGAGCACGCGCCCCGGCAAUCACGACUUCCCCUCCCCUCCCCCCCCAUGUCACAUGCCCGACGAGGGGCGGAGUCAGCGCGGCGACGCCCCGCCCCAUCCCGCUCACGUGCCGGGCGAAGGGGCGGGUGCGGGGUGGCCUGGCUCGUCGCGUGCCCGGCGGGAAGCUGGAAGCGGCCGGCGGCGCGGCAUGGGCGAGUCGAUCCCGCUGGGCGCCCCGGUGCCGCUGGAGCAGGCCGUGCUGGAGACCUUCUUCUCCCACCUGGGCAUCUUCUCGUACGACAAGGCCAAGGACAAUGUGGAGAAGGAGCGGGAGGCCAACAAGAGCGCGGGAGCCAGCUGGCUCUCCCUGCUGGCCGGGCUGGCGCACCUGGCCGCCGCCGAGAAGGCCUAUCACAGCAUGACCUUCCUGGGCCAGAAGCUAGGUGGUCAGUCAUUCUUCAGCCGAAAGGACUCCAUCCGAACCAUCUACACAUCUCUGCACAAUGAGCUGAAGAAGGUGGUGGCGACAGGUCGCAAUGCACUAGGAGGAACAGCUCCUCACUUGGAAGAGCUGCUUUCUCACCUGUCUGAACAGCUCUGUUUUUUUGUUCAGGCUCGGAUGGAAAUUGCUGACUUCUAUGAAAAAAUGUUCACCCUCAGCACCCAAAAGUUCAUUAACUCUGAGGAACUGGUAAACAUUUUGGAAUCCAUCCUAAAGAAAUACAGCUCAAGAUUUCACCAUCCAAUCCUCAGUCCUCUUGAAAGCAGCUUCCAGCUGGAAGUGGAUGUGCUUGCACAUCUUUUAAAGGCUCAGGCUCAGAUCUCAGAGUGGAAGUUCCUCCCAUCCCUAGUGAACUUGCACAGCGCUCACACAAAGCUGCAGACAUGGGGACAAAUUUUUGAGAAACAGCGGGAGACCAAGAAACAUCUGUUUGGAGGGCAGUCUCAGAAGGCUGUACAACCACCACACCUUUUCCUCUGGUUGCUGAAACUCAAAAACAUUCUCCUUGCCAAGUUUAGCUUUUACUUUCAUGAGGCCCUCAGUCGACAAACAACUGCAUCCGAAAUGAAAACAUUAACUGCUAAAACUAACCCUGAUUAUUUUGGGAAAAUUUCCAGCUUCAUCAGGAAAUAUGACGCUGUUAAUGUUUCUCUUAUCUUUGACAACCGUGGGUCAGAGAGCUUCCAGGGACAUGGCUACCAUCAUCCCCACUCUUACAGGGAAGCCCCAAAGGGGGUGGAUCAAUACCCAGCUGUGGUCUCUCUGCCCAGUGAUAGGCCUGUAAUGCACUGGCCCAAUGUAAUCAUGAUUAUGACUGACAGAACCUCUGACCUCAACAGUUUGGACAAGGUUGUUCACUUCUAUGAUGACAAAGUCCAAAGCACAUACUUUCUGACACGACCUGAACCUCAUUUUACCAUUGUAGUUAUUUUUGAGGCUAAGAAAUCAGAGAGGGACUCACAUUUCAUCUCUUUUCUAAAUGAAAUCUCACAUUCCCUCAAGAACUCCAAAGCUUUUGCAGGCCUAAAGCCGGGAUCCAAAGGAUAAAAUAAAUACUGAGUUACAGAUUGCAAGGCCAUACAUUAGACUGGAAAAAAUAAAUAAAGCUUUCAAGGAGUACAUUCAUUCACAAUUCUCAGAGUUUGUUUAAAAAGGAACCAUUAUUUUAAUAUUUGUGAAUGCUUUUUUAGCUAAAGAAAACUAAAGCUAAAUUUUAUUUGAAUAAAAAUAUAGAAAGAAUUUUCUAGGCUGUACACAUGGGGAUGACUUAGCUGUGGUGCACCAAAAUGGCCAAGGUAGCUUUUUUGCAUGGUGCUGUAUGAAUUAAUAUUUUUCAGUCCAUGACAUUUUGUCCUUAACUAAGUGGAAUGUAUGCACUUUAUAUUAUGCUGAUCACUGACUAUAACUUAUGCAGAAUUUAUUGAAAACAUGGUUAGAAUGAUUAAGUUGUCUUUUCAGAACACACUGCUGUUAUACUAGCCAUCAGGAACUAUAAUGGAAUCUUGUUUCUUAACAAUGAUACUCAUUGGGAAUUAUUGGAAACUUGCAGAUCUUCAAGCAAACAACUCCAAUAAAGUUAAUACGUCAUAAAAUGUACUCUUAUUUUGGUAACUAGUAUGUCACUAUACAAAAACUUGAAAAAUAAGUCUUAGUAAUGAGACGUUUCUUUGACACUCACUUUUAAAUCCCCACUAAAGUAGGGAGAGAUUGCUAAUAUUGUGAACUAUAAAGUGUGCAGAUUAUCCAUAAUUCUACACGAUAUAGAAGCAAAAAAGUCAAAGCUGCAGCACAAGCAUAGAGUGCAAUGUCCACAUGAUUAUAAUGUAUAAAGUUCAUUGGUAAUGUCAAAACUACAGGAUGCUGUGUUUUAAAUUUCUGCUUAUGGAAUGAAAUUGAAGAUAGCAGCUUCAAUUUGUGCCGGUACUUUGUGCUAGCAGGUAGUUUGAAAUAAUCUUGUGGAAAAAUAACAAAGCCCUUAUAUUUGCUUC